CAGCUGACAGCAGCGCCUCUGUCCUGAGCGGGCGGCAUAGUUCAAAGCUUCAUUUAAACUCGAAUCCUUUAUCUCGAUAUUGAUCUUUAAACCUGGGACUUGUGAGGCUAUUCUAUUCGAAGUUUCAGUAUAUUCUUUCCCCCAGAUUUGUUCAGACACUUUUAAGGGAAAAAACUCAAAACCUUCGCACCUGCGCGCGAGGCUCUUCUUCUGCAUGUGUUCGGGACGGUUGUUUGUUUUAUGGGAUGCAUCUCAUCGGAUUUGAUACUUUGAACUUUAUGCAAGUGUGUUCUUAUCACAGGGAUCUCUACUGAACAAUAACAUUAAUUGAUUUUUCUCCACUGAAAGGAGGAGCGUCCACAGUUUGAACCAUAAGCUGGAAGGAGUUUGAGCUGCUUUUGAGUUUGAGUCUCUUUUUCCUUGGACUGAGUGAUACUGUAGAGUGCCGACACCUUCUCGACUGAACACACUGAAUGAAAAUGACUCCCAAAGAAAGUGCGGCUUUCAUAGCUGUGCUUUUUCAUUGUUUGAUGCCAGGAAAUGGGAUGGUGUUAGACCCACAGCUGCAUCCUCCUGAAGACACACACCUGCGGCAUGCUGGAGGCUCCCUCGUACUCAUCUGCAGGGCAUCUACCCAAGUGCAGUGGAAACUUGCCAGUAGGGAUCUAACCUCUGAAGGGGUCCAAGUUAAACCAUGUGAGCAAACUUCACACUGCAGCAAGCUGGUGAUACACAACCUGAAGUACACAGACACAGGAUACUACAGUUGCAGUCACAACAAGUCCAGAGAACACAAUAGUUCCACAUAUGUCUUUGUCAAAGAUCAUCAGCAUCCAUUCCUGGAGAUUUUCAAUGGAAAGCUCCUGUUUGCAUACAGGGAUGAAAAAAGUCUAGUGAUCCCUUGCAGGACAACAUCUCCUCAUCAAAAUGUUACUUUGGAAACACUUCCUCCCUUGAAAAAAACUGUCAAAGAACGUAUGUCAUGGGACCCAAAAGUGGGUUUUAGGAUUCCACUUGGUUCUUUUAAGAACUAUGAAAUAAUGGAAUGUGUCACCAGUGUGAAUGAAACAAAGGUCACAUCGACCUUCAUCUUAUAUCGUCUAACCAAGGUUCUGAAAAAUGUACGCAUAAGUCCUGAGCAUCCAAGAGUGCUGGCUGGAGACACACUGAACCUCAUCUGUUCAGCAAACACCACAUACAAUGGCAGGAUUGAAUUUGAUUGGGAAUUCCAAGACAACCCUGUCAAUCGGAAUCACAAAACUCAGGUGAUGAGGACUAAACCUAAUGAGAUCAUUGUAAUGAACAGCACACUAACUAUACCCAGUGUGACUUUGAAGGACAAUGGUAUUUACACAUGCAGAGCAAAAAUAGUUCAUAAUGAUGAGAAGUAUGCUUCAGUCAAGGUCAUUGUACAUGAGCAUCCAUUCCUCAAUGUGACCCAUGGAACACCUUCGAUUGUCACUGUUGAAGAAGGUAAAAGAUGUGACUUUCAACCGCAGGUCAACGCUUUGCCUGCACCAGACAAAAUAAUGUGGUACAAAGAUGGCCUCCCCAUCAACACCUCUUUAUGCUAUGAGGUAAUAGGCUAUGACCUUAACAUCAAGGAGGUGAAAGAAAAGGAUGCAGGAGUCUUUUCCAUUGCUUUAUCCAACCAGAAGAAAGGGCUUCACAGGAACAUCAGCUAUACACUUUUCGUCAAAAUGAAACCCAGAAUAUCUGAAGAAGAGGUGGCUCUUGUUAGCUCCCGGACUUACAGGCUAGGCCAGGAGCACCAGCUUACCUGUACUGUCUUUGGAUUCCCAGAGCCCAGCAUCACAUGGCUGUGGCAGCCCUGUGACCCUGAUGACAAGCUCACACAGUGCAAAUUGUUUAGGGAUCCAAUAACUGUCAAAGACAGUGCCAAAUAUUCAUAUCCGGCAAACUUGAUUAAGGAUGUGUCCAAUGAGCAUAAGGAGAUAAAUGGUAAAAACAAGAUAAUAAGUACCCUGGUUGUGAAGGCUAAUGUGUCAGGAGUCUAUACUUGCAAAGCCAACAAUACGAUUGGAGAGAGUACAAUGAUGAUUCAUUUCUAUGUGAAUGAUCAUCCUCAGUCUUUUGAGGUCAAACCCUUGACAGCCGCUGAGGGGGAUGAUGUCAGUCUGAUUUGCCAGGGCACACGGUUCCUCUAUGAUAGGCUGAACUGGUAUGAUUCACAGGGCCACCUGGUUCAGGGUGACAGAUCUAUCCAGAUCAGUCCUUAUUCUGUCUCCCUGUCACUCAGACUGAAGAAUGUUUCUAGGAACCACACAAAUGAAUAUGCGUGCCGAGCAAUCAACCUCAUUAGCAAAAAUGUGGUCAAUGCAACUUCUAACUUAAUCGUUGAUGAGAGGAGAGCUCCCUGGCUAACACAGAACUUGACCAGUCAGGAUGUGAACAGCAGUAGCACUCUGACCCUAGAAUGUCUGGCCCAUGGUGUGCCACCUCCAUUUAUUAAAUGGUACAAAGACAAGAUUCCCAUCACAGAAGGGCCAGGAAUUACUCUGAAGGACAAUGGGGUCCUGAUCAUCCAGAGGGUGAAGAAAGAGGAUGAGGGCAUGUAUGAAUGUGAGGCCAAUAAUACUAAAGGUGUGGCAACCUCUAGUGCAGUCAUCACUGUACUGGGCGAUGAAGGCAAGCCGAAUAUUGAGGUGAUCAUCCUGGUGUGCACAGGAGCUGCUGCCACAUUCCUUUGGAUCAUGCUCAUUCUCUUCAUCCGUAAGCUGAGAAAGCCAAGUUCUGCAGAUCUAAAGACAGGCUACCUGUCCAUCAUCAUGGAUCCUGACCAGAUGCCUCUUAAUGAACAGUGGGAUCGUUUACCUUAUGACAGCAGCAAAUGGGAGUUCCCUAGAGACCGCCUCCGACUAGGUAAAACUUUGGGCCAUGGCGCUUUUGGAAAGGUUGUAGAGGCUUCUGCAUUUGGCAUAGACAAGUUCUCCACAUGCAAAACAGUUGCUGUUAAAAUGCUGAAAGGAGGAGCUACAAAUAGCGAAUGCAGAGCUCUUAUGUCUGAACUGAAGAUAUUGAUUCAUAUUGGUCACCAUCUCAAUGUUGUCAAUCUACUGGGAGCCUGCACUAAGCAAGGAGGCCCAUUGAUGAUCAUUGUGGAGUACUGCAAAUAUGGGAACCUUUCUAACUACUUGAGGAGCAAGAGAGGAGACUUUGUGGUUUAUAAAUCUCAGGAUGGCAAAGCACUGCUGCCAAGCUCAGGGUGCGAACUAAGUGAGCUCCUUAAGCGUCGGCUGGAGAGUGUGGCUAGUACAGGAAGCUCAGCCAGCUCAGGCUUCAUUGAAGAUAAGAGCUACUGCGACUCAGAGGAAGAAGAGGAAGAAUCUGAAGAUUUGUAUAAGAGAGUGCUAACACUAGAGGACUUAAUUUGCUACAGCUUUCAAGUGGCCAAAGGCAUGGAGUUUUUGGCUUCACGAAAAUGUAUUCACCGUGAUUUGGCAGCACGGAACAUCCUUUUGUCUGAAAACAACGUUGUUAAGAUAUGUGAUUUUGGACUAGCCAGAGACGUGUAUAAGGACCCAGACUACGUCCGUAAAGGAGAUGCCAGACUCCCUCUUAAGUGGAUGGCGCCAGAGGCCAUAUUUGACAAGAUCUAUACUACACAGAGUGAUGUUUGGUCCUUUGGUGUGCUAAUGUGGGAGAUCUUCUCUCUGGGAGCGUCUCCUUAUCCUGGUGUACAAAUUGAUGAGGAAUUCUGCUGCAGGUUGAAAGAAGGCACCAGAAUGCGAGCACCUGAGUAUGCUUCCUCUGAAAUAUAUCAGACCAUGCUGGACUGCUGGCAUGGAGAACCACAGCAGAGGCCCACUUUUACAGAGCUAGUGGAGAGACUCGGAGAUCUGCUUCAGGCGAGUGUGCAGCAGGAGGGGAAACAUUACAUUCCUAUCAACACUGCACUGCUGACAAAAGCAGACCCGUCAAAAACGGACCCUACAGAGGAAACUUCCAGACCUGUCUCUCUCAGAAACUCUGGAAGCUCAUGGAACAUCAAGGUCCGUCCAGACAGCAUCAAAACCUUUGAUGAUGUAACAGUGGAGAGCGGAACAAAUGAUAGGGAUGAGGGAGGGCAUUCAGACAGUGGUAUGGGUCUGUCCUCUGAUGAUCUGAAGAAGCUGAAGCAUUUGGAUUCCUUGGUUCAACCCUUAAGUUUCAUGGCCCUGGCGAUGAAGACUAAGAGUAAGGAGUCUGUUUUAUCAGAGGGAGAGAACGAGAAAUAUCCACCACCCGUCUCUUCACUAGACUUUAAUCUGGAAGAUUCCUCUCUGGAUCCAGAGCUGGAGUGUCACAGCCCUCCACCAGACUACAAUUAUGUCGUCCGCUAUUCCACACCACCUGUCUGAGUUUCCAGCUGAACUAUCGGGAACUCAUACUCAAGCCAUGGACUUAGUACUUAAUUUUUUCAUACUUUUAGGAAUUUUUUUCCGAAAUAUUUUAUUAAUUGAUUCCGUUCCCUUUUUGACAUGUAUAUUGGUCAGUAUAGUUCCAGCACUGUUACCUUUUGUCCAUCUUGGCUUACUUCUGUAUGAUCUCCUCCAGUGUACAGUAGUAAGAGGUGCAGUGCUGCCAUAUUGUGUGUGUGUUGUCUCCUAAAAACUGUUGACACACAUCACAACAUACCACUGUGACACACACGUAUACACCACCUCAGGUAUUUCUGUUAUCUACUGUGAACACAAAAAGCACAACAUCUUACAAUUUGUAUCAUAGAGUUCUUUCAUCAAAUCACAAAUUCUCACAAAAUCAAAAUCGAAUGUUAAAGAGAGAAACCAGCUUCUUUAUUACUUUACUAAUUUGAAUAGUUUAAUGAAAGAAAUUGGGAAGUAUUUUAUUUUACUUUUUACACAGAUAUUUGUCAGCUCUAUUCAAGGUUACUUUGAGGAAAAUAUUUUUUUAUCAAGGGAUACAAACAAGUGUGUUAUUCAUUCGUUACAUUUUAAAGAGUUAAUAAUUUGUUGUAGAUGAUGCUCCUUUGUAGUUUCUUCAUUAUGCCCUUCAAUACGAUCAUAAAUAUGUGUAAAUUUGUUCAGCUGUCACAGUUUAUUAUGCACAUUAUUUUUAUUACAAGGAUCCACAUAAUGCAGUCUUUAUUAUACCCUAUUUAUACUGUUGCACUAAAUCUUCUGAUUGAUUAGAUUAACACUAUUAAUAGCCAGUGUUUUAAUUGAUUGUGGCAAAGCAGAAUCAUUUACGUUGGGAGGAAAUGUGAUCUGAAUCUAGUUAUACUCACCAUGUGCUCCCAAUACACUUGUUAAAAUAAUAACAUAAUAAUAAUUCCAUCACUUUAAAAGAAAUACAUGUUGAAUUACUAAACAUAAUGCAUCACAUAAAAAGGCUUCUUCUGCCCUGCAUCCUUCUGAUACUUGGCCACAUUUCAAUGUCUAAUACCUUUUGUGUUGUUUACACUGUAUACAUGAUAGUUAGAGAAAUAUUCAAUUUCCUUAUGUUUCCAAUUGUUAACCUAUUUUAUUUUAUUGGGAGUGCUGUUGAUCAAUGUAUAUGCUAUAAUCUUACUAAAGCUUGCAGGGCAGGCGAAAAGAUUACUAAGUAAUAUAAUUUUUAACAGGCUGGUCUCGACAUAUAUAUUGUCAUCAUAAAUUAUAGUAGCAGCAUAUGCACAUCUGCAGGUAAUAUCCGUUAUCAAUCAAUAUUGAUUCUGUAACAGGGGACAAUAAGAAAUGCAUGGCCUUGUAUCAAAGACUGUAGUCAGCAAAGAACAAACUGUUACUCCUACGUGUUAUCUAUUUUUAUUAGUUACCAGUAUUCAUUGGCAGAUAUACCAUUUUCAAGAAGGUAUCUAUGAACAAAUACUAUUUGUCUUAUUUUUGACUGAUUUGUGUCCAUUGAUAAAGUAUAUUCUAUGCACUGAGAUUUUAUUUUCAUGCAUUAUAAAUGUAUUUUAACUAGGCACCAAUAAAGAGCUAUAUACUGUAUUUUUACAUAACA